AUGCCACCUGUAGAGUCGCCUAGACGGGUUAGCGACGAAAAGGAUGGUGAUGCCCCAGAUGACAACAAGAGUGCCGAGCAAAAUAGUGAUGAUGUAGUCUCUCCAACAACUUGUGCACAGAAACCGUCGAAAGGUAGUGGAGAUGUUCCAUAAGCGGCUGCUCGAAAAGCCAUAUCUAAAGAGCGCCAAGAAAUAUUUGGCCGUCAGUGCGACGUUCGCGUUGCGCUCACAAGAGAACAGGCCAAUCGACAAAAAGUGAUGAAACACUGGAAUAACUUCUGUGAAACGUACGCCUAUCCCUUCUCCUCGUACGGUGAAUGCCCUGGUGCUUAUCCUGGAUUCGAUCCGUAUGGUUACGGAUAUUACGGGUAUAAAUACUACAGAAAUGCGGCUGCAGCGGCCGCUGCUGCCGGACACGGCGCGUUCCCAAACAUGGAACCGAAUCAAUUCCGGAGUCGUCCCGGCGGUAGCGGUGUCGGAACCAAUAAUGUGCGCAGUUCGAUCGGCGCGCAAGUGGAUCAUCAUGCGCUGGCUACCGGUUUGGACUUCAGCGCCGCUCACCCUCCGCAAACAGCACCAGGCAUGGUUGCUGGUGCAGCUGCUGGCUUCCCACACCAAUAG